AUACCACGCCCGUCCGGCCGCAUCAUCCCAGCCGUACUUCCUCACAAUUCAUAGCAUCUUCUUCAGUCUUCUUUGAGCGCUCCGCAUUUAAAGACAAUGUUCUCGCUCAUUUCCUUUGUCAAGAGAGUCCAAAAGGGCAGUAACCCUCCACAAGUUGAGAAAAAGUCGGACCCAAUUCAGUUUGGUAUCUUGGGGGCUGCCCGUAUCGCACCAGAUGCCCUCGUAAAGCCAGCACGGUACCAUGACGAUGUACGCGUAGUCGCCGUAGCUGCUAGGAGUAAACAGCGUGCGGACGAGUUCGGGAAAACCUGGAAUGUUCCAAGCACGUACGGCGGUGACAAUGGGUACCAAGAACUUAUCGACGACCCAGAGGUUCAUGUGGUUUACAAUGCUCUUCCUAAUGCUCUUCACUUCGAGUGGACAAUGAAAGCGCUAGCAGCAGGGAAACACGUGUUAUGUGAGAAGCCAAUAGCUAGCAACGAGGAAGAGACUCGCAAAAUGUUCGAGCUGGCAGAGUCAAAAAAGCUCAUACUACUCGAAGCUUGGCAAGUCAGAUUCCAUCCAGCCAUUCAAAGAGUAAAACAAAUCAUCGACGAAGGCUCACUCGGAAAAAUGGUCAGCAUGUCUUCAGACUUGGGUGUCUGGAACGACGUAUUCUUCGUCAAGAACGAUAUCCGGUUCGAUUACAGCCUUGGUGGUGGUGGUCUCAUGGAUAUGGGACCAUAUCCUAUUUCCUGCAUGCGAUAUCUGGCCUCUUCCAACCCUACCGUUGAUAGCGCAAAGACAAUCAUUCGCUCGGAGAAUAUCGACAGAUUAAUUGACGCCAAGCUCACCUUCCCUCCUUCUCUCCCAGCCACGAUCAAAACCGACUCCGCAAUGGAAGGCUGGGGCCCUUUCAAACUAUUCCCUCAAUGGAUAAAGAUGGUCCUUCGCGUCGACUGCGAAGAUGGCGCCAUAGAAAUCAGGAACUUUGUCUUACCACACGUCUGGCAUUCCAUCACUGUGAUUCCUAAGAAGGGUAAAUCGUGGGUAGAGAAGGCGUACAAGCCGAAGGAAGGUUUGGGAGAGGAAUGGUGGUCCGCAUACCGCUAUCAGUUGGAAGCGUUCGUUGAUAAAGUCAGGGGUCGUGAGCCCCAGGCAUGGCGGUCGGCGGAAGAUUCAAUCGACACUAUGAGAAUUAUUGAUACGAUGUAUACCAUAGUCCGGUCUUCCCCUUCGCCCUACCUCUGCAUAUACCCCUUAGUUAGUGUCUCUCGCGGAUAAUAUU